GCUACUCACCUAUGUAUGUCACUCCUUGGAAUAAUUGUGUCAACCUGUGCCUCAAAAAUCCUGAGCGCCUAUGACCAAGCAGCGCUGUGAGGCGCACUCCGACUCCGAUUCAAGCUGUUUUCCUUGCACCUCGUCUUCGUCUAUCGCACAUCAUGUAUAAUGGAUACAAUAGCCCGAUUACCAACAAUCCCUUUAUCAGCGAUUCUACUAGCGCGCAGUCUCGAUAUCCAGACCUUUCUGGUUCCAGCCCUUCUCCGGAUCCCAGUGGCAGCCAAUUUACUUCGUGGUUGCAGCCUGGCGGGUCCCAACAGCAAUAUCAGCAACAACAGUAUCAUCAACAGACACCUCCGCAAUACAGCGGAACAGGAUAUCAACCAACUGGUGCAAUCGAUGGCAACGGUUUUAUAGCCCCCCAAUUUCAGCCGAGCAGUGGAUUUGGACAGCAAAUGCUAGGACAGAUGACUGGAAGCAGCUACAGCUAUCUCCAAGGCCAAAAUUCCUCUGCACUUGGUCAGAUGAGCUAUAAUCCGGUUCAGCAGCAACUGCAGAGUCCCGGAUAUAAUAGCAUAGCACAAUUUGAUCCCUACUCAUCAGUCGGCGGGCAGGGCGGUAAUCCGUCGUCUGCACAACAUCAACCGCCGUCCUUUCAAAGUCCUACCUCUCCAAUAUCUCCUACUACUCCCAUCACCACCUCCAGAUCAGCGAGCGGAGCCAUUCAUCCGCGAGAGUACAUCAAAACUCACAAAACGGAGGUAGAGAGUUGGGAUCCGUACGCAUGGAAGCAGCUGUUAAACGCUUUUGAUGAUUUGAAAGAGGCGUGGGCAUCCAGGAAGAACGAGAUAGAUGGGAGAGCACAGCAAUUGUUAAUGCAGAUGCAAUAUAGCGGGGGUUAUCAUCCGCAAAUGCAGCAGGAAGCUGAGCGGCUUCGAGCGCUUUCGAAGGAAGCCGAUAUAAAUCACGACUCUGUGGCCGCUUCAUCUUUCCAAAUGCAUGAAGUAUUCAAAGGGUAUCGUCAGUCUGGAGAUGCAGCCAGUAAAAGACGAGUUCGCGAGGCUUCUAACGCUGCCUUGCAAAGUAUACCCGACUGGCCAGCGCCGGCUUUUUUAUGAGGACUUUAGGGGGACAUUAAGGAGUAAAUAGAUGUUGUACGAUUAUAUGGACCAAGAACUGUGUUAUAUCUAACUCUAAUUGUAA